AAGAACAGAAGAGCCAAGAAAUAUUUCACCUGCACUCAGUGUGGAAAGAGUUUAUCAAGCAAAUUUAAUCUUGAUAUUCACAUGAGAAUUCAUACUGGAGAGAAACCUUACAAGUGUUCACAAUGCAAAAAGAGAUUCAGUCAGUCUGGAGACCUGAAAGCACACAAGAGGGUCCACACUAGAGAGAAACCGUACACAUGUGAUCAGUGCGGGAAGAGUUUCACACAAAAAGGAAGCCUUACGGCACACAUGAGAGUUCAUACUGGAGAGAAGCCGUUCACUUGUGAUCAAUGUGGGAAGAGUUUCUCACACUUAGCAACCCUUAAGAAACACAUGAUCAUCCACACUGGAGAGAUACUGUACGCAUGUGAUCAAUGCGACAAAACAUUUUUGAGAGCUUCAGGCCUGAAGCAGCACCUGAUAGUUCAUAGAAAAGAGAAGCCACAUUCAUGUUAUUUCUGUGGAAAGAGCUUUAAAUGUCUACAACAUUUGAAAGUUCAUCAGAAAAUACAUGCUGGUGUGAGAGAUUAUAUGUGCUUCGAAUGUGAAAGGACUUUUACUUCAGUGAACUGUUUAAAACUGCAUGAGAGGAUUCACACUGGAGAAAAACCUUACAAGUGUUCACACUGUGACAAGAGAUUCAGUCGGUCAACAUAUCUGAAAACACAUGAGAGGAUCCACACUGGAGAGAAACUGUACACAUGUGAUCAGUGCGGGAAGAGUUUCUCAUACUCAACAACCCUUAAGAAACACAUGAACAGCCACACUGGAGUGGGACUAUACACGUGA